AUGGGGCCGAGGCAGCAGGCAGCGGGCUGCAUUGUCGGUCGGGCUGCUGGCACGGGCUGGCCGCGCAUGGGGCCGAGGCAGCGUAGUGCUUGCUGCGCGUGGGGCCGAGGCAGCGUGUUGGCUGCAGCGUGUUGCUGCGCAUGGGGCCGAGGGGCCGAGGCAGCGAAGUGCUUGCUGCGCAGCGUGUUGGCUGCGCAUGAGGCCGAGGGGCCGAGGCAGCGUGUUGGUUUUAGCGUGUUGGCUGCGCAUGAGGCCGAGGGGCCGAGGCAGCGUGUUGGCUGCAGCGUGGGGCCGAUGAGCCGAGGUGCGUUGGCUGGUCGUGCGCGUGAGGCCAAGGGGCCAAGACCAACCCCAGAAGUCGCUGUUGCUGGUGCAGCGGAUGCAUUGGUGUCUACUGGGCUUGCUAAACUUGGAUAUCGAUAUGUCAACAUAGAUUUAGAGAGAGUAAAUAUGAUGAAUUGUCUAUGGUAUGGACAUGUAGAUGAUUGUUGGGCUGAGCAUGAUCGCGAUUCAACGGGUUAUAUGGUGCCAAAAAGGUUGACGUUUCCAUCAGGAAUCAAAGCUCUCGCGGAUUAUGUUCAUGGCAAGGGGCUUAAACUUGGUAUUUACUCGGACGCAGGGCACCAAACAUGCAGCCAGACGAUGCCAGGUUCGCUUGGUCAUGAGAAGAAAGAUGCUGAAACUUUUGCUUCAUGGGGCAUUGAUUACCUCAAGUACGACAACUGUAACAAUGAUGAUUUGAAACCGAUGAAGCGGGGAGACAUGCACUCGGCUCUUUGGGCUGACAAGUUAGGGAAUAGUUGGAGAACAACUUUCGACAUAAACGAUUCAUGGGAAAGCCAAUGUUUGAUUAGCGUCGAGACAAGACCGAUCAUUGAGCGUCGGAAUCUGCUUGCGAAUGGGCUUGGGAUGACUCCUCCCAUGGGUUGGAACACUUGGAAUCACUUUUAUUGCAAUAUCAACGAGACUAUAAUUAGAGAAUCAGCGGAUGCAUUGGUGUUUACUGGGCUUGCUAAACUUGGAUAUCGAUAUGUCAACAUAGAUGAUUGUUGGGCUGAGCAUGAUCGCGAUUCAACGGGUUAUAUGGUGCCAAAAAAGUUAACGUUUCCAUCAGGAAUCAAAGCUCUCGCGGAUUAUGUUCAUGGCAAGGGGCUUAAACUUGGUAUUUACUCGGACGCAGGGCACCAAACAUGCAGCCAGACGAUGCCAGGUUCGCUUGGUCAUGAGCAGAAAGAUGCUGAAACUUUUGCUUCAUGGGGCAUUGAUUACCUCAAGUACGACAACUGUAACAAUGAUGAUUUGAAACCGAUGAAGCGGUAUCCUGAGAUGACUCGAGCUCUGAUGAGAACAGGCAGACCAAUUUUUGUCUCUCUAUGUGAAUGGGGAGACAUGCACCCAGCUCUUUGGGCUGACAAGUUGGGGAAUAGUUGGAGAACAACUUUCGACAUAAACGAUUCAUGGGAAAGUAUGGUCUCGAGGGCAGAUCAAAAUGAGGUUUACGCUGAGCAUGCAAGGCCCGGUGGUUGGAAUGAUCCAGACAUGCUCGAAGUUGGAAAUGGUGGUAUGAGUAACGAUGAGUACAUCGUGCACUUCAGUCUCUGGGCUGCUUCCAAGGCUCCUCUUAUUAUCGGUUGUGAUGUAAGGAGCAUGACCAAGGAAACCUUGGCUAUCCUUGGCAACGAGGAAGUGAUUGCUGUAAACCAAGAUCCUCUCGGUGUUCAAGCUAAGAAGGUGCGAAUGUAUGGAGAUUCCGAGGUUUGGGCAGGACCUCUCUCUGGAUACAGAACUGUAGUCAUUCUGUUGAACCGUUCCCCUGAAUUCAGAACCAUCACAGCCCAAUGGGAUGACAUCGGUCUUCCACCAAACACGGUUGUGGAAGUUAGAGAUCUUUGGAAGCAUGCGACACUGGAGAAGAGGUUCGUGAACGAACUGACAAUCAACGUGCACCACCAUGCCUGCAAGAUGUUCCUGUUGACGCCUCUUACACUAUCAUAA